CCCGUGCGCUCGCUAGUCAAGUUGGCUGAUUGACUGCUUGCUUGCCACUAACUACGGAGUACUUGUGUCGGAUUGCUUUUCCCCGCCGGGCUGGGGCCGUGUGCGUGCGUGCGUGCCGUGUGCUCUCGCGUGGCUGAGACGGGGGUUUGGUUGGCGGGGAAAAGGAAAAGGACGAGUGCGAGUGGGACGGCACGCGGUUGCUGUGUAGGUACAGUGUUGCUAGCUAGGUAGCUAUGCCUGGUCCUCCUCCUUCUCCUUCUUCUUCUUCUUCUUCUUCUUCUCCUCACUGCCGUCUGCGCACGCCGCUCUCCCGUUCCCCACUGCGAGACCGCUGCUUUGGAUUGAAUGAUGUUAUUACGCUUAGAUCCGCAGAUGAGAGUCAGAGUCACGGACACAAGACAGAGCAAGUGAGCAACCACCGACCAACCAGCCAGCUAACCAGCCAGCCGUGCAGACCGGCUAUCCCUCCGACGCAGUGCGGCCCCUCCCUAUUAUUGUAUUGUAUACAAUAUGCAGACCACGUAGUUACGCACGCACGCUGCCCACGGAAAUAACACAACAGAAAUAGAUGAAGGCGCUAUUUGCGGCCGAUCGCUCGCGCGCUGCUCACU